CAGCUGCUUUGUGUUAGAGCGCUUCCUUGAUACGAAUGAAACCUCUCAGGGUAGAAUUGUUUGUUUUCUGAUAUAGUUUAAUCUAAAUGCGAGCCGCUUUCUCGCCUACUUACGCAGACGGGGAUUCGGGAGAGCAGCCGCCAGCAUGAACACGGAGAAAGACUUUUCGCCCCUGACGCCCAACAUUGUGAGGGCUCUCAAUGAUAAGCUGUAUGAGAAGAGGAAAGUCGCGGCUCUGGAAAUAGAGAAGCUGGUGCGAGAGUUCGUGGCCCAGAACAACUCAACUCAAAUCAGACAUGUGAUCCAGAUCCUGGCAUCGGAGUUUGCGCUCUCUCAACACCCGCACAGCCGCAAGGGGGGUCUGAUCGGACUGGCGGCUUGCUCCAUCGCCCUGGGGAAGGACUCAGGUCUGUAUCUGAAGGAGCUCAUUGAGCCAGUACUCACGUGUUUCAAUGACUCAGACAGCCGCUUGCGCUAUUACGCCUGCGAGGCUCUGUAUAACAUAGUGAAGGUGGCCAGAGGGGCAGUGCUGCCUCACUUCAAUCUGCUUUUUGAUGGUCUCAGCAAGCUCGCAGCAGAUCCAGACCCGAAUGUGAAAAGUGGAUCUGAGCUCCUGGACAGAUUACUGAAAGACAUAGUAACAGAGAGCAACACUUUUGACCUGGUGUCAUUCGUCCCCCUGCUGAGGGAGAGGAUCUACUCGAAUAAUCAGUAUGCCAGGCAGUUUAUCAUUUCUUGGAUUCAUGUGCUGGAGUCAGUGCCAGACAUCCACCUGUUAGACUAUCUCCCCGAGAUCCUGGACGGACUCUUUCAGAUCCUGGGUGACAACAGCAAGGAGAUCCGCAGGACGUGUGAGGUGGUGCUUGGGGAGUUUCUGAAGGAGAUUAAGAAGACCCCCUCAAGUGUGAAAUUUGCUGAGAUGGCCAACAUUCUUGUCAUUCACUGCCAGGUUGCAGAUGAAACCAAACUCACGAAUGAUCUGAUCCAGCUGACAGCUAUGACCUGGAUGAGGGAGUUCAUCCAGCUCGCAGGCAGAGUGGUGCUCCCUUAUUCUUCUGGGAUUCUCACUGCAGUGCUCCCAUGCCUUUCCUAUGAUGACAGAAAGAAAAACACCAAAGAAGCGGCCAGUGCCUGUAAUAACAGUCUGAUGAAACUGGUGACUCCUGAAGAUGAUGAGGACACGGAGGAAGAAAGAAACGGAAGCACGGGAUCGUCUUCUGCUGGAGAAGGCCAACCCAAAAUGGAAGGAGACGGCAAUGACAUGUUGAAUGCAUCCCAAGAAUCCGUCGGUUUGAGCAACAUCAGCUUCUUUACUCCAGCAAGUUCUGACAAGCCUCACGUAACUCUGGACCUCGACGGGAUUGUUCAGGUGUUGAACCGCCACCUCCAUGACUCCUCCACUGGCAUGAUGACCCGCAUAGCUGUCCUCAAAUGGCUUUAUCACCUGUACAUCAAAACACCACGCAAAAUGUUUCGCCACACAGACAACCUUUUCCCCAUUCUGCUUAAAACGUUGUCUGAUGACUCUGAUGAAGUCAUCCUGAAGGAUCUGGAGGUGUUGGCUGAGAUAGCAUCCUCUCCUGCUGGCCAAACUGACCUGGCCUCCUCUUGCGAUAUGGCUGACAACAAACUGGUGCUCAAGGUGCCAGACGGGCCCAAAACAGGACAGCAGUCCAGCACGGCCUCCAAAGCUGUGGACUCCUCCCCCUCUACUCCUAGUAUGAACUCUUACUUUUAUAAGUUCAUGAUCAAUUUACUGAAGCGUUUCAGUCUGGACAGGAAACUCCUGGAGAACAGAGGAGCUUUCAUCAUCAGGCAGCUUUGCCUAUUGCUUCAUGCAGAGAACAUCUUCCACUCGAUGGCUGACAUCUUGCUGAAGGAGGAGGACCUUAAAUUCGCCUCUACCAUGGUUCAGACCCUCAACACCAUCCUUCUCACCUCUGCUGAGCUCUUCCAGCUACGCAACCAGCUAAAAGAUCUGCACACUCAGGAAAGCUGUGCUUUGUUCUGCUGCCUGUAUCGGUCCUGGUGCCACAACCCGGUGGCCACUGUGUCCCUUUGUUUCCUCACACAGAACUACAAGCAUGCGUAUGAUCUCAUCCAGAAGUUUGGCAAUCUGGAAGUGACUGUGGACUUCCUAAUGGAGGUUGACAAGCUGGUGCAGCUCAUAGAAAGCCCCAUUUUUACCUACCUGCGUCUGCAGCUCCUGGAUGUGGAGAACAACCCAUACCUGAUUAAGGCGUUGUAUGGUCUGCUGAUGCUGCUGCCUCAGAGUCAGGCUUUCCAGCUGCUCUCGCAUCGGCUGAAGUGUGUGCCCAAUCCAGAGCUUAUGAGAACUGUGGACGAAUCCAAGUACAUGGACUCUAAAAAACAAGCGGCCUGCAAGCGCUCCUCUCACACUCAGGUGGAUUACAACGAGCUGCUGCAGCAUUUUGACCGAGUGCAGAGCAAACACCUGGAGGUCCGACACCAGCGCUCUGCACGUGCAUCCGAUCACCAUGACAGGAAGCUAAUGUGAUGUGUGAAACUUAUGAUUAUUGAAGACAGAGUAUAUGUAAUACAGAAAUAAUAUACUGAAAGAAAUAAUAAUUAUUAAAGCCAAAAUGUGUAUAAAAUUAUUUGUUGAAGAAGCACUGGAUAUGCACUGUCAGAUCAGCUGUGUAUUUUGGCAUUCCUUAUCUUUAUGUGUAACAUUAGAAAAACUGGAAACGUAUGCAUUCCACCAUGCAAAGUCCAAACUAAACCUCCUGCAUAUAACAACAUAUAACAAAAAGCUUGUGAUUAAAUCUGCAUGUUAGUCGUGUUUUUAUCCUAUUGUGCAGAAGCAUGUGUUCAAGUUGCCUUAAUCAUGUCUGCCAGAAACAGGAAUAUCACAUGUUGGUCAUUGGCUCAGAUCAGGUGAGGUUUAACUCGGUACAUGACUCGGAACAGACAUACUAUAUGUGUGUUGUUACACAUUAGGAGUUUUUACAUUGCAGAACUUUUACUUUUAUUGAACAACUAUUUUGUAUGUAAUGAUCUUCCAUUUCUUUUGUGAUGUUUCACUGCAGUCAUUCUGUUUGAAAAUAAAGUGGACCAUGUGAUUUA